AUGGUGUUGGAAAAGAACCACAAGAUUGUGCUGCUGGUAGUGAAGCUUCCUUUUGGUUUCAGAAAGCUCCAGAAUAGUCAUGAUCACCAUAUGAUACACAAAGUGAACUGUAUUUCAUCUACUCAGAGACUCAAAAGUUCCGAGGAAAUGGCUUCAUUGUUUGCUCGAAGAUUAGAUGCCCUUAAGCACAUUAUCCCAACAAAUCCACUAGAUUUGGGUGCUGGGUGUAGUUCAACUUGUCUCUUUUGUGGAAUAAAAGGUCAUGGUCUCCGAAAUUGCUCAGAGAUAGCAGAAGCUCAGCUGGAAGGCCUCCUAAGGACUGCCAAAUCAUAUCAAGUAGUGGAGGAAAUGCCUCCUCUAUGCAUUAGAUGUUAUCAGCUCAAUCAUUGGGCUGUUACAUGUCCAAAUGUUGUAUCAAAAUCGAUGCCGCCGGAGGAUUGUAUCUAUGUUGUUAAUCACCGCUGUUCUGAUAUAGCACAGCUUCAGAAUAAACAAAUGUACCAAAAGAGUAACCUUAUAGAUAGUUCUAAUGGAAACUUGAAAUUGAAGGAACUAUCAACCUCUGGCAAAGAUAUUCCCAUCCCAAGCUGGAUUAGGAAAUGCAGUGCUUUGAGCCCUUUUCAACAUCAGCUGAAAGAGAAUGUGAUGACAUCAACAGGAAAUUUCGGUGAAUGGCUUGUAUCAGAUGUGCCUAAAGCAAUCUUUGACUCAAUAAAGAUGCUUCAACUGUCUCGGACCAGCAUCCUCAAGUGGAUGAGUGCCCGGACAUCCCCGGUGCACCUUGAUGGAUUCUUCCUGCGCUUGCGUCUUGGAAAGUGGGAAGGACUUGGAGGAACUGGUUAUUAUGUAGCUUGCAUAACUGGAAUGCAAAUAGAUAAGUCAUCCGGAAGAAAUCGUAUUGCUGUGAACAUUGGUGGAGUCAAAUGUCUCGUUGAAAGUCAAUACGUCUUCAGCCAUGAUUUUCUUGAGGAUGAGUUAAUGGCCUGGUUGUGUAUGACCUCCCGAGCCGGCGGCAAGAUUCCGACUGAGGAAAAUCUGAGGAUGAAAGUGGAGGCAAAGAAGAGGCUAGGGUUUUGAAGCGCUCGUGCCAUCUCAGGAGCCAUCUGAGUUUUUGCCAAAUGAGAUUUGAAGACGGGACGAAAUCAAAAUCCGACUUGUAUGUAGAAUUUUGACGUUUGCUUAGUUGCUCAAAGAAUUUUCUGCAUUCAUCCGAAUAAAGAAUUUUUUUUCAUAUUGUUAUUGGAGUCUCACAAUCUU